AUGCCUACCUCGUUUGUCCUUCUGAUGAAUCAAAUCAUUGAAGUCACCUAUAAGCAUCCAAGGCAGAUUGCUCUUAGUCGCCAGUUCAGAAAGUUGUUUCCUCCAACAAAAUGGGCAGCAGAGUUCAAUGCUGCAAUAACAGUUCCUUUCUUCUACUGGUUAGUUGGACCUUCCGAGGUUGUGGAAGUAGAAGUGAAUGGAGUGAAACAAAAGAGUGGAGUUCUUAUAAAGAAAUGCAGGUAUUUGGAGAAUAGUAGGUGUGUAGGAAUGUGUGUUAACAUGUGCAAAAUACCAACUCAAGACUUCUUCACCAACGAAUUUGGACUUCCAUUAACUAUGAAUCCAAAUUUUGAAGACAUGAGUUGUGAGAUGGUGUUUGGCCAACCACCACCGCCGUAUGAACAAGAUCCGGUGGCAAAACAACCUUGUUUUGCUGACAUAUUUUCUGUGUCUGCCAUAAGCUACAAGCUUAGCAAUAUGCUGUUAUGCUUGCGACUCUGA